AUGCCCUCCUCCCGCCGCAUCAAGCUCAUCGCCGUCGGCGCCCUCACCACCCUCCUCCUAAUCCUAUACCUGCGAUCAAGCACCUACCCCACCACCCGCCAAUCCCGCUACCUGCAAGCCCUCGUCGACAUCUCCGACCGCGAGCGGCUCACCAAGCAGCAGCAGGAGUCACUCGUGCCGCCGGCGGACCACAGCCAGGACCUCAGCGACAGCGCGGGCGUCGCGGAGCGCCUCAAGGAGGCCGAGGGCGCCGCGAAGAAGGCGGCGAUGGAGAAGGCCGGCCCGCGGCCGGACCCGCCGAGGGUGGUGGAGGGGAGUCGGAAGGCGAAGGAGGGGGGAGUGGGGGAGAAGGUGCUGGGGGACGGGGAGGGGGAGGGGGGAGUGUAUGAUGCGGGAGUGGAGAUUGAGGGGUAUCUGAAGAGGGCGCCGGUCGUAAUCUUCUCAAAGUCCUACUGCCCCUACUCCAAGCGCGCCAAGACGCUGCUGCUCGACAAGUACAACAUUGUCCCCGCGCCGCUGGUGGUGGAGCUUGACCAGCACGCGCACGGCGCCGAGAUCCAGGCGGCGCUGGGGAAGCGGACGGGGCGGCGGACGGUGCCGAAUGUGCUGGUUGCCGGGGAGAGUAUUGGCGGCUGCGAUGAUGUGUAUGCGAUGGAGGAGGAGGGGAGGCUGCAUGAUCGGAUUAAGGCGCUGGGGGGGGCGAGGGUGAGGUCUAUUGCGAGGUUGAAGGAGUAG